AUGUCCCCUGCUCCAAGCGCAACCAGACCACAGACCCCUGAGCACCAGGUCAAAUCUCGAGUCAUCAAAAUCGUUGCCAUCGUGGUUCCCACUGUGGUGGUUCUCCUUCUCAUCCUCGGUGCGCUUGGCUACUGGUUGAUGAGUCGCCGUCGGGAACGAAAGCGGGUUGACAGUCUGGCGAGGAAAGCCAACUGGUUCGAUCAAGAGUACAUCGACAACAUCAAAAAACAGUUCGGAUGCUUGGAUCAGGACAAGGUCGGUGUGCUUGAUAGAAGCAGUCCCAGCAACGCCGUUGACGGAGAGGAGGUUGUUGUGAGAAAGGUUCGGGCACCUGACCGAGGAAACGAUAACCAGACACCUUCACAGGCGAGCAAGCGACAUGGAGUGUGGCUCAACCCUCUUGGCAUGCAUUCGAUCGGGCCCAGCGCCACUGAUCUGAACUCGUCCGACUUUGAGCUCUCUUCUCUCAGCAGUCGUUCUUCCACCGGCACCACCGGCACCGUGGUCGUCUCUCGCGCAAAGGAGAGCGACCCCGAGUUUCAAGACGGGGAGUGA